AUGGGAAGCAAUUUUGUACAGGAAGAAGGCAACCACAUUGUCAGUAUUCCGGAAAUCAUCAACACGGAGCAGCUCGCCCAGGACAUGAAAGAGGAAAUCGAGAGAUGCACUAAGGGGUUACGGAGAAAUGCCGCCAGGAGCAGUUGUAGCAUCUACAAAGUCCCCUUGAGGUUCGAGAAGAACAAUGGGCCCUGGUACAGCCCCCGCAUCGUCUCCAUCGGGCCCUACCACAACAAUGACAAAGACCUUAACCGUGACUACAAGUAUCGGUGCCUCGGCUCCUUCCAGUCCAGGACCCGAGUCAAAGGUGUGGGCUUAGAGGACUACUUGGAAAAGCUACGCCCGCGUGAAUUUGAAGCAAGACAGUGUUAUUCUAGAGAGAUCGAUCUCAACAACUCCGGUGAGUUCCUCGAAAUGAUGGUUGUCGAUGCUUCUUUUAUUUUAGAAUUGUUUUACAAGUUUCAGGAUCCGGGACUGCUCGAGACUGACGACCCUCUCGCACUUCUCAAGUGGAGAUUACCAUAUUUCUACGAGGACUUGCUCCUCCUUGAAAAUCAGAUCCCUUUUUUUGUUCUGCAAGAUUUAUUUGAUAUUUCUAAGUUGCCUGUGGAUCCGCCCUUGACCUUGCUUGCUUUGCGAUUCUUUAACAACAUUAUGAGAAGAACCAAUGAAGUCAUAGAGAGAUACGCAAAUCCCAAAAAUCAGCCUUUGCAUUUGCUGGACUUGGUUCGAUCUAGUUUAAUCCCAAACGAUAUUCCAAUGCCACCAAAGAAUGAAAACGACACACAUAUCCCAUUUAUUCCCUGCUUCCCGAGGCUUGGCCAGAAUGUCGACGACACACGGAUCCCACUUAUUCUUCCCCGCUCAAGGAGGCUUGGCCAGAAAGACAACGACACGCAGAUCCAAUCUUUUCCAUGCAUCUCGAAGCUCCGCCGUUCAGGGAUUAAGGUCAGCCCCGGCAAGAAGGACAGCUUCUUAGCGGUAAAAUUCGAGCACGGUUUGAUUGAGAUGCCGAGCAUAACCAUCAACGACUUCAUGAGAUAUCUGUUGCUCAAUUGUGUGGCGUUCGAACAGUGCCACAACAGCUGCUCCAACCAUGUCACAGCUUACGUGACUUUCUUAGACUGUCUUGUGAACACCUCUGCAGACGUCGAAUACCUUCGCGAGCGCAAUGUUGUUGACAAUUACGUAGCGGACGACGACAAGGUUGCACUCUUCAUCAACAGUUUGGGAAAGGAUGUGAACUUUGACAUCCGCAACUUUUAUUUGUCCAAGUUGUUUAAUGAUGUGGACAAGUAUUAUCGGAAUAAUCGCCGCGUAUGCUGGGCGAGCUUCAAGCGAAGAUAUUUUAACACGCGGUGGUGGUUCAUCUCAGCUUUGAUUGCCACUUUGCUCUUGCUGCUCACGAUUGCGCAGACCUACUUUGACAUCAUCGGCUAA